AUGUCGUCUUUUGUGGAGAAGUCAACGGCCAAGGCCAAGGAGAUCGCGGCGGAUGACAUCUCAAGGGCUAAGGAAAUUGCUUUCAAGACGGCCAGCUCUGGCUCAUUUUGGUACCCCAUUAAGGGCAUUUUUUACUUCUUGUAUCAUCGGAACCUAUGGAAGCCAUUUACCUCCCGUCUUCUCUCCACCUUGACUCUGUCGGUUUCCGUGGUGUUCUUCAUGUUCAUCUUCACCUAUAUCCCCCAGGUCACGAUUCUAUUUUUCACCAGCGGACCACUGGCUCCGCUCUCGGCAGUCCUACUCGUCCUCAGUGAGAGCUCGACUAUCAUCAACAUGCUCGCCCGGUCAUUCCUGAUCCACGAAGCUCUUGACGACACCUUCGAUGCCGUCCUGCUGACUAGGAACGAGGAUGUCUUGGUAUCCGGUGGGCGUAAACUCAACAAGAGCACCGAUCCAAUUAGUCGGCUUGGUGCCACCAUUAAGAACCCGUUUCACAACUUUACGCCGAAGGCAAUUAUCAGAUAUGUUUUGUAUCUACCGCUCAACUUCAUUCCAGUGGUGGGAACUAUCACGUUCCUAAUCCUGCAGGGCAGAGGCCGCGGAACAUAUGCGCACUCACGCUAUUUCCAACUCAAGAAGAUGAGCGCUUCCAGCCAGAAUAAGUUUGUGCAAGAGAACGUCGGCCCUUACACUGCGUUCGGUAUCGUUGCUUCGCUGCUUGAGAUGGUUCCCAUCGCGUCGAUUUUCUUCUCGUUCACGAACACAGUGGGCGCCGCGUUAUGGGCUUCUGAUAUUGAGAAGAGCGAGAAUGGGAUGGAUGAUAUUGCCAAUCCGGAUUCAGUGGAGCUUAACGCUAAGGGAGAGUAGAGAGAUAAGGUGAUGUCGUUUCGUCGCUGGAUGGAUGAUUGACUGGAUAGGGUGAGGUUUUGGAUAUGGUUGAAGGAUUUCAUCAUAUGUGGUCGCGUUGGAGUCGUUCUCUAGACCUUAUAUAUACUGGCUGGAGACAUUGGUAGAUAUAGUAUCCGAUGGAUAAAUGGAGCAAUAUGGAGAUGGAGUUUAUUAUUUCUAGGUAGAAAUUAGCGGAGUCUGAGAUAAUAUCAAGACAUUCAAAGUCGAUGACAUAUUUCGAGAGCAAACAGCUCAAAUCUCGAACAUGAAAUUUCC